CUUUUCUAAUUCUAAAUUCUAAUCCCAAUCCCCAAAAUUACAUAUAAUAAUCUAGUCCUAUUAGAAUUUGGAAUUCUAAAACUAAUCUAGUUCUUUACACAUCUUCCCUUUUUAAGGCUAGAUUCAUACCUUUAAAAGAUCAGGACUCCUUAUUUGAAUCGACUUCGAAAACUUCCCCUUCAAUACUUUUUUUUACUGAACUAGGGUAAUUAGGGAAUGUUGGAAAGGAGAAAAGGGACCAAGGGCAUUGAGCCCUGGUCUUGUGGAUGGAGGGUGGAUGUGGAAACCUCAAAAAUUACCCUUGGACUCGGGUUCAGAGAUAUUAAGUCUGCCUUGACAACAGUGAAAGUAGCUUGCAAGAGCAUUUCAGAAAUUCAAGUAGUGGAUUGUGAAGCAGUGGCUAAUUGAGAAGGGCAUGUUUAUAGCAGUGGCUAAUUGAGAAGGAUAUGUUUAUUUCUGAGUUUGCAUACUAGAUAGAUAUAGAUGGGGGGAAGUAAUGAAAUAGUCCGUUCAUACUUCGUUAGUCUUUCUUUCUCAAAAUUUUGUGCUUUCUAUUAAUAUGAGGAAUGAAGUUAUAGGUUUUGAAAUAUGUUACAAUGUGGACAUUGUAUCUUAGAAAUUUUGGAUAACGCAUGUGUGAGCUACUUAUAUCUUAAAAAUUUUAGAAAUUUUCUACUUUUCUUUUGUUUAUAGAGAAGCUCAACUUUCCUCUUUGAAUGUUUGAUGUUGUUCACGGGGCUCAAGGUUUUGUUGCUUUUCCUCUUUCUCGGCCUAAAAUUGUAUUGUAAGCAUGAUUGCUGGUAUUUAAGGGUUUAAUUCUUUAAAUAUGGAGUAUUUUAAAAUUAUUGUAUAGGUGCAUAACUGGCGCUGCUUUUGAGCUAUCUUCUUGAUGGUGUCUUACUGAAGUAUUUCCUGUAAAAGGUUAUGGAAAAGCUACGUAUUAAGUGUAGGAAUAAAUAAAUGAUUUGUUU